AUGGGACUCACUCACUCGAGUGCGACAGUGUCUGACCCUGUUUCUUUCGCCUCUCCGGUCGACGUCGUCAAGAACAAGGAUACCUUGCGGGAAUACGACUACAUCAUCGUAGGGGGAGGUACUGCGGGUUGCGUGGUUGCUUCGCGCCUCUCCGAAGAAUUAAUAGACCUACUGACACGCGUCCCUCUUGCGUUUGGCAAGUUGGCAAAGUCCGAUGUUGACUGGGAUUAUGUGACUACGCCUCAAGAAGGCAUGAAUGGCCGGAAAGUACAUUGGCCUCGCGGAAAGAUCUUAGGCGGCACAAGCACGAUUAAUGCCAUGAUUUAUCAUCGCUGUGCACCGGAAGACUUUGAUGAAUGGGAAAGACUCGGAGCGACCGGGUGGGACUACGCGCAUCUUCGACCGUACUUCGACAAAGCAGAACGCUACGCCCCGAGUCCAUCACAUGGUUUGGAUGGCCCGUGGCUAACGAACCACACCACAGAAUUCGCAGUGGCCAUCUCGGACCCGGUCCUUGAUACCUGUGAGGGCAUGGGUAUAUCGUAUAACGACGACAUCAACUCGCCCAGAGGCACGAUAGGUGCCACUCGUCUCGUGGGUUGCAUCGACGACAGCGGUCAACGAAGCUCUGCUGCGACCGCAUACCUAACAGCUGACGUUCUGAGAAGACAUAAUUUGACUGUCGCCGUCUAUACGAUCGUAGAGAAUAUUCUCUUCGCACGAGAUGUAGGUGCGAAGCCCCGCGCCACGGGCGUCGAGGUUUCAAAGAGUCGCACCUCCCCUCGAUAUCGCGCACACGCGCGGCGGGAGGUCAUCCUGUGUGCUGGAGCUGUCAUGACCCCGCAGCUGCUACUUGUUUCAGGCAUCGGACCCUCAGACGACCUUCAUAAGCUGGGCAUUGAUGUCGUGCAGGAUCUUCCCGCCGUAGGGAAGAAUCUCAUGGAUGCAAAGCCCUAUAUCUGCUCUGGGAUGUCCAUUGCCGCAUUCAUACGCUCCGAUGAUCCCAAUCUCUCUCCAUACUGGGAAGAACCGACGAACACUACUGUCCGGGAUAUGACAUCAGGUCCUGGUGCCCCGGACUUGGAGCUCCUCUGGUUCCCGCUACUUUUCGACGUAGACAAUGAUGGGGUUGCCAUACCCGCGUCUGGAUUAUACGGUAUCACCACGGCUGCGUCCUUGCUCAGGCCUGAGAGUACUGGCGAAAUCACUCUGGCAUCUCGUAGUAUAUGGGACAAGCCGAUCAUUGACGCACAACUGCUGUUACGCAUGGCCCGUUCUGAGCCCCUAGCCUCCUUACUCGACUGGACACCAGCUGCAGAGACAGACUACUUCUGGCCGGGGAACGCCGACCCUGAGAAGGUUGCGACCGCACGAAUGGGGCAGGAUGCACAAACCAGCGUUGUCGAUCCUCAGUUACGGGUCCACGGUGUUGAUGGACUGCGAGUGGUCGACGCCUCUGCCUUCCCCACGCAGGUUUCUGGUCAUCCAUGUGCUGUUGUCAUUGCAAUGGCUGAAAAGGCAGCUGAGCUGCUCAAGACUUCAACAUAA